CGCUACAGCUUGCAGGUUCCGGUUAACGUUUGAGUCAAGAAGAUGAGUAGUCGCGUGGGAAUAAUUGAACACGUGUUUAGUUGGCAUGGCCUUGUCCUAUGAACGUCAGAGCUCUUCAUUCUACCCUUCUUCUUACCAAAAUUACUCUGACCUCGACAUACAAAUCAUGCCUCCUCGUGGCAGCGAAGGUUUAGAUUUCACGCCAAUCUUAACACAUUAUCUUUUCUUGUUUACGACAAUUCUUGCCGUGUUGGCAUGGUUCAUCGCGUUUAUCUCGCAAUGUAUUGUAACUGCUCAAUUCUUUGAACAAGCGGUUGGCAUUGGGUGGUUCGGGAUAUUCCUCCAAUUAUUCCUAACCCUUGGCGUAUUGCACACCUUAGCAAGCGAUUCAAUAGCCAUGCAUCGCUUCCAAAUAUCAGUCUUUGGUGCUAUCGCAAUCGUUAUGGCUGUCAUCACCGUCAGUAACAGUAUUUUUACUGGACGGGCUGCGCUGGACGCUAUGGCUGCCGGAUGGCUCAUUAUUGCAAUCGUGGACAUCCUUUGGGUGAUCUAUUUCACAUCAGAGGAAGAUUCUCUCGCAUUCCACAUCUUCAAUUCUAUGGGCACCGGCGGCCUCACACCACCAUCCCGUCGUCGUAGGACUCGCGGUGCGAGCAACAUUGGCACCAAUGGCUAUGCAGCCAACUACUCUUCUGGCGGCGGUAUCGGUUCACACGAUAUGCCCUAUGACAAUGCCAAUAAGAUGGGCGGUACCGGUCCCGGGGUUAGGAGUCAAAACAGCUUUGUCGGCGGUGCUAGUGUGGACGGCGCACCCCGCAGUCUUGGCCCCGCAGCUGUGGGCAGUGUUCAUAGCACACCAAAUCCUGCACCGGUUUCCCUAAGUGGCCCUGACAACAAUAUGGGUCCAAACUCACCGUUGAUGGGCCCAGGUGCUGCGGGUGUAGGCGCAGGUGGCGGUAUUAGUGGAGGUAGCCCGAAUAUGCCUGAAGCCAGCACGGGCGGGACAGAGACAUACGUCUACAAAGCAAAAGCAUUGUAUGCUUACACUGCCUCUCCAGAUGAUCCAAACGAAAUCUCAUUCACCAAGGGUGAGAUUCUUGAUAUCGUCGACAAGCAAGGCAAGUGGUGGCAAGCAAAGAAAUCGGAUGGUACGAUGGGAAUUGCACCAUCAAAUUACCUUCAGGUCAUCUAAUAGACUGAGCUGGGAAUUUUGGUUUUUACUUCUUUAUGCUACACCUGACGACCAUGGACACGAUGCGCGAUUCGAGCUAUAUUAUCCACUUCCUUGCUCCACCUCCCUUGUGUUUUUUAUUUGGCGGCCCUAUUGUCUCAACGAUACCACAUUCCGAUCAAUGUUUUCCUGUGUCCUAGCGAUGUAUAUGUUGCUCAUCAGACCAUGCUCAAUCAAUAAUAACCUACUUGUUCUUGACAUUCGUAUUACAUGCCGGUGAUCGGUUGAUAACAGUAUUGAUAGUGCGAUUGAUCAAUCCACGACUGGCACAUUCACAUUC